GUUUGAUUAGAGUUUUUGACUUGGCCGUGUGGAUGCCGAGUGUAUUUUUAUUGUUUUUCUAUUCUUAUCGUUUCAGUUGAAAUAAACGUUACUACUAUAAUAAGCAGUUUAAUAAAGAAAUGCGUAAAGUUUAAUUUCUCAUAUAUCAAUCACAUAUUACUUAAGGUUUUAGAUACUUUCCUGUAUCACCCUUGAUCAACAACUAAGAUGGGACGCCGCAAGUCGAAAAGAAAGCCUCCACCAAAGCGAAAAGCCAUAGAACCUUUGGAUCAGCAAUUCAAUUGCCCUUUCUGCAAUCAUGAGAAGUCCUGUGAAGUCAAAAUGGAUCGAGCGCGAAAUACAGCUCGAAUACAGUGUCGAGUUUGUCUAGAAGAUUUCCAAACAACAACCAAUGUGUUGUCUGAACCUAUAGAUGUGUAUAAUGACUGGGUGGAUGCCUGUGAGAGUGCUAACUGAACUCUGACCAAACUGUGUUGUGUUCAUUCUGUUUGACUGUCAUUUUAAGAGAUGACCCUAUUGCACUAUGAUUUUUAAUGAUAAUAUUAAGUAAUAUGAUUUUUAUAUAAGCUAAUAAAUCAUUAAGAUUA